AUGGUGAACCAAGGCCAGCGAAUGUUCGCCAGUCGCUUCAGCCUUUCAAGCCUCUCACAGUUCUACAGUAGCAACUCGGAUAGCGAUGAUGAAGACAGUUAUAGUGAUACGCACUCAAGUGUAACGCUGCCUAGGAGAACGAACGCGGGGAGAAUCAAAUCUUCGCCCGGUGAUGAAGGUGACAAGGCAGACGAAUACACACUAACGAAAGAAAACAGUAAAUUAUCUCAGCACUCGCCAGAGUUAAGUAUGAAUUCGAAAGAAGUGGAUCAAGUUGCUGGUGUGGCCGACACACCUCUGGCUGAUCCUGAGCCUCGGGCAGCCUCCAUGUCGGUUGCAAGUAGCGCUGCGGAAGGUGCUCCGUCCGUGGUUAGCGCAUCAAACAGCAUUGUGAGUGCUAGGGCCACGGUAACAAGCCACCAAUCGGACCAUACUGUCACUGAGCAUUCAGAGCCUCCCGAAAAUCACCACUCUACCGUCCCUUCUGUCACGCGUAGCCUUUCACCGACUAGGGAGAGCGGUGCAGUUGACGAGGAGGCCGCAUCGGACAAGGGUGAUUCUGUCGUGGAUUCACUGCCUGUUUACGCUCCUCCGGCAAACGAUUUAUCACACGGGAGUACCCAUGGCGAACAAAGUCCUAGAUACGACGCCGAUGAGGACGUUGGUUCCGUGAGGAGCGAUGUAGUUAAGUCAGAAUAUCCGAAAGAUGGCAACGUCGCAACCCUCUCGUCUUUGGAUGCUGCAGCUCUCGAGGCUCUGAUCAAUAGCCCGUCGGAAAAGAUUGUUGACAACGCCUACAUACGCCCACCAACUCAGGUUAACGACGUUGCGAACGCCAGUAGUAGAAGUAAUCAUACGAUACCCGCGGCCGUAACGUCGGUUAACAACUAUCAGGACGGAUACCAUUUGUCACAGUCAUCGAAGGUGACAGAGAAGGUUCUCACUGACAACCCUGAAGCUGUCGCUUCAGAGUGCUCUUACAAGAUUGAACCCCAGGGUCAUUCCCAGGAAGACGAUUAUCACCCAAGUGAUACGUAUUCCGUAAGUCAAACCGAUAUGCCCAUAUCGCCGAAGAUGUCCACCGCAAGUGAACAAAUUAACGAAAUGACGUCUGUUGCCAAUGAGGAAGUGAGUUUUGAUAUCCAACGCCCCCAAACAUUUGAACAAACUAACGCAAUCUCUGUCAGUGGUUCGUGCAAGCCUGUCGAAAGGAAUGCGGGAUCCUGUAAUGUGCCUGUUAAACAAACUGCUGACCUAUCACCUGCCAUUGCUGCGAGCGCAAUCUCCCCAAGCGAAAGUGAGCGCCAAAUCUUUAUUGACAUCGGUGAGGAGUACCGUGAGGUUGCGGAGAAUCCCAAUCUUAUUAGCACUGAGGCGACACCUAUACAUAAGGAUUGGGGUACUACUCCAGGUGGAGUGCGUGACCUUGCAGAGACGUCUGAUUCGACACCGCAUCUAGCUACGUCCUUCUCAAGUGAUAGUAACGCUGUGGUUGAACAGAGUUCCGUUAAGGAUUUUGAGGGGGGGCAUCCAGCUGAUCACGAAUCCGUCGUUGAGGUCGAUACUAACACGACAGCGCAAGAGUCUUCUAUUCCUGAAGAGGAAUACUCGCUGACAAAACAGCUAUCCAGAGAGGUGGACCGCUACAAAGAAAUGUACGCACAGCUUGAGCGCAAAGUUACAGACAUUUGGAACCAACGCGAGGCGUUCCGCGUUGCAAAUGACCGCAUUGCUGCUAACCUGGCUCGUAACUCGGGGGCGAAAUCUGUGCGAUUCGAAGACCAUAACAUCGACACCGAUGAGGAUGCAUCCAUCACGAGGAAUUUAGAGGCGAUGCUCGACUGUGGGUCGGCGCAUAGCCCAGGUAGGCCAAGUGUCUCACCACGUGAUAUAGGCAUGACGGCGGAUGAUCCAAAUGCCAUCAGCUCCAUAAUGGGAUCGCGCAGUUAUAACCUCAACAUGGAGGUGGCAUCUGAUGAUGUUACAACACCUUCGGGUCAUUCUUACAGCAAAUCGCAUGAGCCCCCGCGUGGUGUUCGAUGCAAUCGUCAAACGAUGGAGCGUUUGCUCAAUUGUGGUGUCAAGUUGUAUGCGUUACGCCUUAUCACAUCGGGAGUACGGUCAGAAACACCACUAUACAUGGAUGUGUGCCCAAGGCAUAGCGCAUAUAAUGGGAAGGUAAUAUUAAGUAAUAACGUUGGGUUGUUCAAGAUAUCUCUUGUGAAACCACCAACGGAGGCAGGAAGCUCCGUGGGUUCCGUACUCAGCUAUCUACGAUUAGACAGUGAACAGAGCUCGGUGGACUACCUAUAUGGGAUUUUCAGCUCCAUUGCCGAAUAUGUGGGAUUGUCUUGGAUGUCAUCCGAAAGCUCACAACCUUGCUACAGCAGCCGAAUGACAGAGGAAGUAUCAUCGCGUAAUGAAGAUGCUCCUCCACAUGUUCAAAUCAAGUAUAUGCACUCUUUGGUAAACGCUUCUGACAGCAUGGUCAUGGUGGAUGACGGCUUCCCAUCGAACUGUAACAUUGGUGCAAUGUUCCAUGGGCAGCACGAGCAUCUCUUCUGUGUGGAGGAAACCCGGGAGCUUCGGAAAUCAGACUUGCAGAAUAAUUCCAGGUUCACCUUCAUUCUAGACACUUCGCCCUCCACAGGUUCGAAACACACGGCGUCACGUCGCUUCAACAGUAACGUAUACCUGGUGAAUUCGGUAACCCGUGAGUACCUUUGCGUUGAUUUGCUAACGCAUGAGCUGCGAUUUGCUGGUGGUCCGUGUACACGAGCGUACUCGAAGUAUGUGGUUCCGGCUACCUUCAAGAUGGUGCGGUUGUACAACGUACUUGCAGAAAAGGGGCCUGGACUACAAGGAACGGUCAGUGAAGCGUCUGAAUAUACACAAUACAGGCGCUGUGUGAGUGAACGUGCUGCAGCACGUCACGGUUAUGAAUUACCUCGAAGCGCCAGUCGCAUGGUGGAUGUACACGGCAACUUCUUGCCCAUGACCUUGGCAGCAGGAACUCCGGCACCAUCUCCACGUCAUGGUCCAUCUACCGUUCCUAGUCAAAUUUUUAAGAAGGAUUGCGUCUUGUUGUCCCAAAGGGACAACAGAAGUGUAAACACGCAACCAGCAGAUAUGUAUGACAUUGCAGACAGCGGUGACUUUGGUUCUUCCGACCCUUCUGCACGUUCAGAGUCACGUGCUGUCGAAAUGUAUAAUAUGCUUGAACCAACGAGCGAUGAGAGGCGUCCCACCAAAGAGUUUUCAUCUAUGCAGUCAACACGGGGCCCUGCUGUUAAGGACCUCAAGAUGAAGUUCGAAAAACUCAGCAGCCGGUCACGUUUAUUUAUUUAA